AUGGCCUCCGCAGCAGUCCAAACUCCCACCGGAGGAGACGCUUCCACCGUUCCCUCCAAACCCACUCCCACCCCCUCCUCCGGCCCUCACCACGCCCACACCACCCUCAACUUCCUCAAAGAACUUCCCGACGGCUCGCACCUCGCCCCAAGCUACGUAGGCGUCCCAAGCAGCUACGACCGACCCAGCAUAUCCAUCCCGGUAACCAUCAACGACGUGAGCGGCCACGAACUCGACUACACGCUCGACGGCAACGGCUUCCAAUUCUACUACCACACCAGCGCGGAGAAAGACUUCCUCGACGACGAGAAGAUCAAGCGAGAAUACUACCCUGAAACCGAGCAACUCUUGAAAGACGCCACCAACGCCUCCCGCAUCUUCAUCUUCGACCACACCAUCCGCCGUCCCCAACCAGCCAACACACCGAGCUCCCAACUCCGCGGCCCCGUGAACCGCGUACACAUCGACCAAUCCUACCGCGCCGCCAAAGACCGCGUGGAAUACCAUCUCCCAGACGAUGCACCCCGACUGCUCCGCGGGCGAUACCAGAUUAUCAACGUCUGGCGACCCAUCAAGACCGUGAAACGCGACCCGCUAGCCGUAGCGGACGCCCACACCGUCCCGGAUAGCGAUCUCGUUCCGACGAAGCUGAUCUACCCGAACCGCGAGGGCGAGACGUGUGCGGUCAAGCCGAACCCCGCGGUCAAGUGGUAUUACCGGUAUAGACAGGGACCGGAGCUGGUGACGUUGAUUAAGUGCUUUGAUUCGAAGACGGAUGGACGGGCGAGACGCGUGCCGCAUAGUGCGUUUGAGUUGCCGGGGACGGAGGGGGAGGAGGGGAGGGAGAGUAUUGAGGUUCGGGCGUUGGUGUUUCAUGAGGAUGAUCUGAGUGACGAUGCUACUACUACUACCGUAUAG